CUACACACUCAUCCCCCUCAUCUUCCAGCGUAUACAGGAGAUGGAGGAGAGGCGUAUUGAGCGUGUGGGGGAGAGCAUGCGGACGUACGCUGAUGUGGACCGCAGAGUCCUGCCCAUCGUCAGCAAGUGCCUGGACGGCAUGAACAAGGCCGCAGAGUCCAUCGACCCCAAGAUGGACACGAAGCAGGUGGUGGAGACGUACAAGUCAGGCUUCGAGCCGCCGGGCGAUGUGGAGUUUGAGGACUACAGUCUGUCCAUGCGGCGGGCCGUGUCUGAGUCCAGCUUCCUCAACGCCAGAGGAGAGAACCGCCGCCGCAGCAGGGGGAAACUCUGGCCCUUCAUCAAGAGGAACAAGCUGAUGUCUUUGUUAGCGUCCCCCCGCCAGCCUCCCCCGCCCCCCCCCACCUCCCCCUCCCCGUCGCCAGCCGUGCCCAACGGGCCGCACUCUCCCCCGGCCCAGCAGAGGGAGCCCUUCGCCCAGCGCAUCAACGGCUUCAUGUCCUCCAAGCACCGCAGCCUGCGCAGCCUCAAGAGAGGGGGUACCAGCUCAGAGGACUAUAGUCACCUUCCCCCAGAACAGAGGAGGAAGAAACUGCAGGCCAAACUCAACGACAUCACCAAGGACCUGCAGAAGGAGAUGGACCAGAGGGAUGCCUUGGCUAAGAUGAAGGAUGUGUACAUAAAGAACCCUCACAUGGGGGACCCCAACAGCGUUGACCCUCGGCUGGAGGAGAUCACACACAACAUCGACAAACUGCAGCUGGAGACAAGCAAGUUUGAGAGCUGGUUGGCUGACGUGGAGGGGAAGUUGCUGGAGAAGGGCGACGCCCAGAGGAGACAGAGCGCCCACUACGACUCCCAAGGCCACACCCCUGUAGGAAACAACUGCGCUCAGAACCGGGAGAGCCCAGACGGAAGCUACACAGAGGACCAGAGCGUGGAGACCCAGUUCAAGUCGCGCAGCACCGAGUUUGAUGACGAGUUUGACGACGAAGACCCACUGCCCACGAUAGGAACCUGCAAAGCACUCUACCCCUUUGAAGGUCAGAACGAGGGGACGAUCUGGAUGGCAGAGGGCGAGAUGCUGUACGUGAUCGAGGAGGACAAGGGGGAUGGCUGGACGCGUGUGCGGAGGAGCGAGGACGAGGAAGGCUACGUGCCCACCUCCUACAUCAAGCUCUACUUCGACACCAGCGCCAAAGAUUCCUAGAACAGUUUGGCGGGCGCAGUGAAGGGCAGGGCAAGCAUCCGUGCGGGACACAACACAACCUCCUCUUAAAAGCGUUAACGCUCAGGGAGACGACCAAGUGGCCAGCCCCGUCCACAGGCCUCAGUAGCCCUAACCAACACACACAGCUACUCGCUCAGCUGAUGGAGGAGAAAUGAUGCACACACACACACACACACCACACACACCACACACACACACACACACACCACACACACACACACCACACACCACACACCACACACACACACACACACACACACACACACACACACAUACAAACCCACAGCUACUCGCUCAGCUGAUGGAGGAGAAAUUAUGCACACACACACACACACACACACACACACACACACACAUACAAACCCACAGCUACUCGCUCAGCUGAUGGAGGAGAAAUGAUGCACACACACACACACACCACACACACACACACACACACACACACACACACACAUACAAACC